AUGAUGAGGAGGGCGGUGGGAGAGGGCGUGAGGGUGAAAGAGGGAGAAACGGAGGAGGCUUUCUACGGGGAGGCGUUCGGCCUUGGCAGAAGGAGGCGGUGGGCGGGGCCGCGGCGAGAUGGGACUCGGACUGAACGGGCCUCCAGAACCACCGACCGCGGCCAACAGGAGCACGAUCACGGGCCGAGAAUGACCUCCGAGGAGCUCCGCAGAAUCACCAUCGACCACGCGGGGGAUAACCACCACGUCGACCCCUGGGAUGCCGGUGCCGGAUCGGGCUUCCUCGGGGGAGGGCUUGGCGGAGGCAGGAGGGGAAGGUUUGGCGGUGCCGAGGCUGCUUCGCAAGCGAGGUCUCGACGGGUGGACGACCUCUUGCGGAGCGGCAGGGUGCAGUUUGCGGGCGUUCCGGUGUACCGGGAGGCGGCCGCCCUGCUGCGGUUACACCAGACGCUCGUUAAGCACUUCGAGCACUUCGAGCUCCACGAUAGGGGGCUGUGGAGCACCGUGGUGCUUGUGUUGAGGGCGAGGUCGGACAGCUACGAGGUUCAAGUGCACUCAGGCGGUCCUGUCCUAGUUUUCCCCGAGAAGUUCUCAGAGAGAAACUUGGUUCGGUUCUUGUCGGAAGUGCUGCUGUCGUACACCUAGUGCAGCGCCCGGAGUGCAGUAGAGGCACAACCUGUACCUGUACCUGUUUAAGGCCGGUUGCCGUAUUUUUAAGGCCGGUGAAAUCGCUUGGCACAGAUGGAAUAUUCAACCUGUCUCGAACUCUGAUUAGUAGUGCUGGGUGCCCGAUAUGUGGCCGGUGUUUUCCCUUGGACCAUAGCGUAUGGUUGAAAACGCGACGAAUGUUUGGCACAGACACAAGAGUAUUGAUUGAUAUUUUAGAGAAGUCCCCCCUCAGAGGACCUUGUCAAAGGCUGCUGCGGUUGGGGAUUUG